AUGAAGUUGAACAUAAAGACAAAUAUCGAUUUCCGUUAUUCGGGAGUUGUUUCUGCCGUAAUUCUGGUUUUUGGAUUUAUGAUUUCGUUUGUUUUGGUUCCCAUGGUCAUUAAGUCGAUGGUUAAGAAGAUGACAGUUUUAACUCCUGGAAGCUUUAUGCGACGUCAUCAGCAAAAUUGUACUUAUAGAAUGAAUUUUUAUCAUUUUAACAUUACAAAUCAGGAGGAAGUGAUAAACGGCGGUAUUCCAAAGCUUGAGGAGAUUGGUCCUUAUGUUUAUGACAUCUACAAAUUGCGCCUAAAUGAAAAUGACGACGAAGAAUCCGACACAUUAACUUACGACAUGUCGUCCUUAUAUUAUUAUCGACCCGAUUUGAGUGCUCCAUCGAAUGUUUCAAUUUGUCAAGUGAGCGGUUUGAUGAUUGGAGCUUUUACAAAAGUCAUCCUUGAGACGCCCGAAUUGAUAAAUUUCGUUCAAGCUGGCAUCGAUCUCAUCCACGGGUCACCAGAUACUCCCUUUUUGUGUUUUAAUCCUUUAGAACCGAUCCAUACGGGAUAUCCCAUCAACUGUGAUCAAACAGAAUUUUCAGCAAAAGCCAUUUGCAGUGCGAUCGGAUCUCAAGAUUAUUUCCGAAAAGGCAAAGAAAAUGAAAAAUAUUUGGAAUUUGCUCAAUUAUUCAAGUUCAACAAUUCUGUGGAAGCGGUAAUGACCAUUUCAAGAGGCAAAAAGAAUCUAAAGGACGUUGGAAGAAUUGUUGAAUUAGACGGAUCGCCCAUGAUCGACGAUUAUGAGCUCGAAAAAUGUAACGUGAUCAAUGGAACAGACUCAGUUUCCUUUCCGCCGCGGCAAACGAAGGAAAAUGUUCAAUACAUGUUUUUUAAAACUAUUUGCAAGUCGUUGCCCUUUGAGUAUGUGUCGAGAAAGAGAAUUCACGGGAUUAAUACUUUGGUCAAAGAAAUGAAAUGGAAUUCGCCUCUCUUCGAUCCGGAAUGCAAUACGAACGAAUAUUUGGAAAAUAAUUUCAAAGGAGUACUUGACAUGCACGAGUGUCUUGAAGGAUUUACUUACAUGACAGGGCCUCAUAAUUUAUUGGCAGAUGCUCGUUUUUCUGAAAAUAUCGAAGGAUUGAAACCAGACCAUAAAAAACAUGCUUCUCAGAUUUAUAUGGAUCCCCUAACUGGAGUGUUGUUACGAGGUUUUAUUCGAUUUCAAUUUAAUGUUUUAGCUAAACCAAUCGAUACGUAUCCAGUUCUCAGUAAAAUUCGUGAAUUUAGAUUACCAUUGAAUUAUUUGGAGUUUACUUACGAAGCACCUAAGGCAGUUGUUCAUAAGCUUCAAGUUAUUCACACUACAAAAACCAUCGGAAACUUUAUUGGUCGAUUUACCUUUCUCAUGGGAGUCGUUGGAUGCAUGCUCUCCAUCGCUGCAGUUGCUCUCGGAAUUGGGCCUGAAACCCCAAAAAUACUAAAUGUUGUCCCAAAGAACGCCACGGCAGAUCUUGGCGAAAAAAGUACCGAAGGUUCAGCAAGCACUCGAGCUGACGAUUGA